AUGUAUCUCAUACUCAUCUGCGUCUUUCUUAGCCUUUUGAUUUUGUAUAAAGUCCUACAAAAGGAGAAAAAUCUUCCGCCUGGCCCACCUGCUUAUUCGAUUCCAAUCUUUGGUCAUUUAUUAUCUCUUGGUAAACAUCCACAGGAAACUUUAUUGAAAUGGUGUCAAGCCCGUCAAAGUGAUAUUAUUCAUUGUUAUUUUGGACAGAGAUUAGUUAUUGUUUUGAACAACUAUUCUCUCAUAAAACAAGCAUUUCUCGACGAUAAUUAUUCCGCACGAGCUCAACCGUUUAUUUUUGAGGAACACUUUCAUGGCAAAGGUUUGACCUAUGCUGAAGGUGAACGAUGGCUGGUUCAUCGAAAGUUUGCAAUGGAUACAUUGAAAAAGUUCGGAAUGGGAAAGUUUUAUCUCCAAGGUACGAUUCUUAGUGAAUUAAGAGAUGUGUUUCAGCACAUCGACGAACAAAACAGCACUCCGUUGGAUAUCAAAGCGUUGUUAACACAUGGUUUGUCGAAUAUUAUCUGUGGAUUUGCAUUCGGCGAACGUUUUUCUCAUGAUAAUCAAGAGUUUCGCCAUAUUGUCGGUUUGAUCGAAGAAUGUUUUACUCUCGGUUCACAUGACUCAUGGAUCACUGUGUUUCCGUUACUUCGAUUCGUGCCGAUGAAAUCUCUCCGAGGAAAUUAUAAGAAAUUUUCGAAGAAUUUCCACGAGAUUUUUCAAUUCGCAAAAAAACUUGUUCAAAAUCACGACGAGAAUAUUGAAGAGACACGAGAUUAUAUUGAUGAGUAUUUAAAACAAGCAAAUCUCGAUAAAAAAUCCAAUAAAUUCGACUCUACAUUUGACAUGGAUCAAUUAAUAACCUCGAUUACGAAUCUAUUCAUUGGCGGAACAGAAACAACGUCCACGACGCUGCGAUGGGCGUUUAUCUACAUGAUCGAAAACCCGAAGAUUUUAAAAACUGUCCGACAAGAAAUCGAUGAUUAUAUGGGAGACCGAAAUUUAUUUAUUCAAAUGGAAGAUAAACAAUAUUUGCCAUACACGACAGCCACGAUUCUCGAAAUUCAACGUUGUGGGAAUAUUGCCACCUUAGGUGGAAGUACAAUGCAUAGAAAUCUACAGGCAACAACAUUGAAUGGAUAUUCGAUACCAGCGAACUCUUAUAUAGCGGCGAAUUUCUAUGCUUGUCAUGUCGAUGAACGACAAUUUCCACACGCGGAUCGUUUUGAUCCAACACGAUUUUUGUCACAUGAUCUGAAAUUAGUUCAACGUACUCAAGGAUUUAUUCCGUUUUCCAUUGGCAAGAAAUCUUGUCCUGGAGAAUCGUUGGCGAAUAUGGAACUUUUUCUUUUUUUUAGCAACUUUAUUCGACACUACGAUUUCUAUGUUGUAAAUCAGGCCGAACAAAUUAAUUCGAAGUUGUUUUAUCAUACUAGUCUAACGCGUGCACCUUUUGACUAUCAGAUUUCAUUUGAUAGACGAUCGUUUUGA